AUGGAAACUUUAGCUGUAAAGAAGUGUUUUUCACAUGGGUUAUCUGGCGUUGUUGCUGUUACUGUGCCUGCUCCAAGUUUUUGCUUCUUUGGGACCAAUAUGUGCAAGGUUUCGGGAAGUUUAAGAAAAGGAAGUGUCGGGUUGACUGUGAGUGGGGAAAUUUUGACGAAGGUAAGAACUUUUGUUGUGGGGUCAAACCAAGUUUCUUCCUUGCAGACUCAAAUGGGGGUUUGGGAGGAGCCUGAUAAUGGGAGUGAUAGUGAUGAGGAGGAGGAGGAGGAAAUGGAAGAAAAUGAUUUGGAUUUUGAGAGUGAUUGGGAGGAAGAGAGAAAUGGCGUUGAUGCUGCUAUGAGGGGUGAUGAGUCUGCAACAAAUCAGUAUGAAGAGGAACUUGUGAAAGAGGUUGAACAGCUUAUGACACCAGAAGAAAGAGCAACUUUGCAACAAAAUACCACUCCUAACCUGGGAAAAAUUUCAACUGGAAAAUGGAAUCUGCUGCAUACGUUUGCACUAUCAGGGCAGAUACAUUUUAUGGACAAGCUACUUGACAAUGGCCUUGGUAUUGAUACUAUUGACAAGGAUGGUUUCACUGCUCUUCACAAGGCAAUUAUUGGUAAAAAGGAGCCUGUAAUUAGUCAUCUUUUAAGAAAAGGUGCAAACCCACAUGUGAAAGAUCGGGAUGGUGCUACUCCACUUCAUUAUGCAGUUCAAGUUGGUGCCAUGCAAACUGUGAAGUUAUUGAUCAAAUACGGGGUUGAUGUCAAUGUUGCAGAUAAUGAGGGAUGGACUCCAUUGCAUAUUGCCAUACAAAGUAGGAACAGAGACAUUGCAAAAGUUUUGUUGAUCAAUGGUGCUGAUAAGACGAGAAAAACCAUGGAUGGGAAAACAGCUCUUGACAUGAGCUUAUGUUAUGGAAAGACUUUCAAGUCUUAUGACCUUGCCAAACUACUGAAAAUUUUACCACUUGACAGAGACCUAUAAUUUACGGUCAACACCGAGAAUCACUCAACUUCAAAAUGGAGCUUGCUGCUAAACCAAAUUCUCUACUGCUUGGCGCAAGCCUAUGCCUAUGUCGCAUUUCAAGAUGGCGCAAGCCUAUGUUCAACCAUGCGAUUCGUUGUCAGCUAAUUCAUCUCAACCAUCAUUGGAGUCGGGACACC